AUGAAGGAAGAAAACUCUUUAUAUUACGAUUUAUGCAUGUAUGGAUUAUGUAAGCAACAAACAUGCAAGUUAUUAAUUGUAGUCAAAGAUAUGAAAAGAAAAAUAAGAAAAUUUAAAAGAAAAAAGAGAGGAGAAAAUGAUGAUUUGAUGUGGGAGAAAUUUAACUUAAGCACUAAAUGA